AUGGAAGUGGUACCGAAUAUUCAGGAUCGGACUUUUGAGUUUCAGCAAGCAGUGAAUACGUUUGCCAAACAACAACAUGUGGAGUCAAGGUCUGCACCAGCGCCGAAACCUAGCACACAAAAAUCGGAGUUCAACAGACAGGCAGGAUAUAUUGCUAAAGACAUUGUCCGUGUUACGGGGGCUUUGCACAAGCUUGCACAAUUAUCGAAGCGCAAACAAUUAUUUGGCGAUAAACCCACCGAUAUUGUGGAGCUGACAUAUAUUAUAAAGCAAGAUAUUUUUAAAAUCGAAAAGGAAUUAAAAGGCUUGAAAUCAUUGCAAGUGAAUGGUUUGAGAGGUGAUGGUGAUACGCAGAUUAAAUCGUACCAUAAGAACAUUGUACAAUUGCUAAAUACAAAAACCAAAAAUAUCAGUGAAAAUUUCAAAGAUGUAUUAGAAGCUAGACAACGUGCUGAAUUUGCGCAAAGAAAUAGACAAGAACAGCUUCUUAGUGAAGUCAGAAACUCAGGCGGAGAUACAGGCAAGGACGGUAUAAAAACUAGCGUAGAGAACAACGUUCCUUUCGCCAUUAGGUCCAACAACUUACCUAAUGGAAUUGCAUCUGAUAAUCCGUUCCUCGCUGGAAUCCAAUUACAAGAACUGAGUGAGCAAAAGAAAGCUCAAGCAACACAAGAUGCCAUUCAUUCUUAUGGCGAAAAUGGGAAUUUGUUAAGUUUACCUGAUCAAAAUCAGCAAUUGUUGUUGUUGGAAGAACAGAAUAACCAAUACUUACAAGAAAGGAGCAAUGCUGUAGACGCCAUCGAAUCUACUAUUAAUGAAGUUGGUGGUUUAUUCCAACAACUUGCUACAAUGGUUCAAGAACAAGGUGAAGUUAUCCAACGUAUUGAUGAUAACGUCGAAGAUGUUAGUUUAAACAUCCAGGGUGCACAACGAGAACUUAUGAAGUACUACAAAAGUGUGAGCAGUAAUCGUUGGCUGAUGAUGAAAAUCUUUGGAAUUAUCAUUGCCUUCUUCCUGCUGUGGGUCCUAGUUAGUUGA